GGAGGAGCUUGAGCCCGGAUGAAGCUUGUUAUUGCACUCCAGAUUUUGUAUCCUUUAUAAUCUUAAAUAUACAUUUACUGGCUUAGCUAGUGAGCCUGUGAGCUUCUGGAUCACAAACUUGCUGUGCUCCCAUGAGGAAGGAGAACUUGGACUCUGAAGGUGUUUUCAAACUUUUCAACAAAGGGCUCGUCAUGGGGUCAUACUAAGGAGAAGCAGGAAUCAGGUCUGGAGAGCAGAGAGCUGUAUUUCAGGACAAUUGGAAACAUUUAGGAGAUAUUUUGCAGACCAUGAACAUAAUAAGCAGCUACCAGCACCACCAUAUGAUGCCAGAACCCUUCAUUUUCACGCCAGGGUCGAGAUGUCACCAGGAGAGACCUUUCUUCCAAGGUUGGGUCCUGAAUCCAGGAGAGAUGUCCCCGGAAUUUGCAGCCCAACCUUCUUACAGCCCUGAGUAUGGGUCAGUGGGACCACCCCAAGCAAGCAACCGGCUAGAGGCCCUAGGGGGGAGACUGGGGAGGAGGAAAGGAAUCCCCCCCAAAAAAGAGAGGAGAAGAACUGAAAGUAUCAACAGCGCGUUUGCAGAGCUCAGAGAGUGCAUCCCCAAUGUACCAGCAGACACCAAGCUGUCCAAAAUAAAGACCCUCAGACUGGCCACUAGCUAUAUUGGCUACUUAAUGGAUGUGCUGGCCAAAGACAAUGAGGUGGGAGCCACAGAAGGAUUUAAAGCUGAAAUCAAGAAGGUGGAUAGCAGAGAGAGUAAGAGGAAGAGAGACACGGUGAGUAAACAGAGUGUUACAUGUAGAGAGAGUUAGGGGAGAAGGGAGAGAAUAAAAGAGGGGACUGGGAGAAAGUAGGAGAAACAGAAAGAAAGAAUUGUAGAUGGGGGAGAAGAUACGUAAAGGGAAAACAGGGGAAUGAGGAGGAGAGAGAAGUUUUGUUAGCUAUUAAAAUUUAAAAAAUAAACACCCAUAAUAAGCAGUGACAUAUAAUAAUGAUUAUACACUGCAUAACAGAACAUUUAAUAACAGUGCAAUGUCAUAAUAGUAUCACUAUACACAGAUUACAGAAUGUACAAUAUAAUGCAUUCUUAUAGACUGUCUGUCGAUCUAUCCAUCUGUCUAUCUGUCUAUCUAUCUGUCUAUCUAUCUAUCUAUCUAUCUAUCUAUCUAUCUAUCAUCUAUCAUAUUACUUUUACUAAGAUUGUUGUAUGUAGUUAUAUGUGUAUAACUGGGUUUGAUCUAUAAAUUGUUAUGUUUUCUGUAGUGUAAUAUUUUACUAUAAAACCCUAUGACUACCGCCAUUGUACUUUUGAAUAUAUUAACAAGUUUAAUAUAAUCAAACAAUCCCUGUUUUAAUGAUUAUUUGUAUGAUGAUUAGGUAACAUAAGAUCCAUAACUGAUCAGUUAUAAGAACAUUGUAACAUUGUAGAACUGUAUACAUUUGUGACACGGGGGAAACUGCAUGGGAGAAACGGCCUAUUUUAUAUUUAUACAUUUGGGAUAUUUAUUCGCUAUCAGGCUAAUAAAUAAACUUGCUAUAUUUUAUUUCCUGGAAAUGGGAUGGAAUUGCCCAACAUAAACUGAUAAAUUGAGAUUAUUUUCUUCCCAACAAUUAAAAAAAAAAUGAAAAUAAGGAAUACAACCAAGUGGCUUCAGUGUUGAAGUCCCUAUCAGCAAAGUUGCAUUAUAUUUAAUAUAUACAACUAUUAAUAAAAUGUCUGAUCGCUUAGAAAGAAAAACACAUUCAUGACAUUUUUUUUUCUUGUUUAUACAGAUAUAAGUGUUUCCUGCAGGAUAUUUUAUUAAGCCCGUUCAUUCCUUACAAUAGAAAACAUACAAAAACUAAAUAUUUACUUGGACUGUGGUGAACGUAGUCCUCUCUCGUGUCAUGUAUAUCACUAAAAGUUUAAUAAUCAUUUAAAUAAUUGUUUAGAAUUAUUCAGACAUAAUAUAAAACAUUCUCUGUAAUUCUCCACUAAUAAAGCUAUGGGAUUUGAAAUCUUAAAGAAACAGAAUGAUUAAUUUAUCAACUCUUGUAUAUAUCAGCAUUGUUUUCCCUGUUAAUUCCUUGCCGUUAUAUAUUCCCAUUAUAUAAUUGUAAAGCGCUGCGUAAUAUGUAAUAAUAAUAAUAAUAAUAAUAAUAAUAAUUUGUGUCUUUUCAGCAGAGUGAAGGAUUCUGGGGAACGGUACCCUCUGGAGAAAAGAAAUUAAAGGGAAGAACAGGGUGGCCCCAACAAGUCUGGGCCUUAGAACUGAAUCCUUAAAUCUUUUAGGAAUCAAUCCAAUGCACUGUUAUUGUCCGGCUAAUCAGAGAUUUAAGAAAAUAUGUCCACUGAGCACUCUUCUGGCUGGGUUGGUGGGGUUCUUGGGGAGAUCUGUAUUUAUGUGCAAUGUUUUAAAUGUUUUGUAUAUAGAUAUAUAUAUGUAUUUGCAAUAUUAGGGCAAAAACUUUUUUUUUAAGAGCAAUGAGGUUUGUACACAAAAAAAUAAAUAAAAUUUAAAUAAUUAAAAGUUGCAAAAUUUGCAUGAACAUUGAAAUCACCUUCAAAGGAUCAGUUUGUAACAAAAGAGCAGACAGUGUGUUUAUCUGAACAAUGUUAUUUUGUUUAGAUUUAGGUUUUCCACUGUGACUCAGGGAUUAAUUUGUUCCUUGGAGGUGACCCAAAAAUGUUACCUGCUUGAUUCUAGUCUAUCAAAAUAAUAAUAAUUCUAAUAGUUUUCAAGUUUUCACAUUGAUGGAUUAUAUUUUAUAUUAGGUACUUUUAUUUGCAAUGCUGUGCAAAAUUUGCUAAGUCAAGGCAGCAGCCAUUUAGCAAAUUCUGGAAAAAACAAAAAACUUGGUGUUAAAUGUGCAAUUUCUAACAAAUGUAUGUGUGUUCUCAGACUAAAAGGCAGAUGUGUAGAUGUUUUCAUUAAUACUUUUGCAGAACUAGAACACACGCACAAAUAUGUGUGUGUGUGUUCUAGUGAUUGUAUAUUGUAUUUUUUUAUUAUUUUGAUUUUAUUUUUUUUCCAAUUAUUUCUGUCAUUUAUUUUUGGUUUUGUGGCUGAAAUAGACUGUUUCAGGUGCAUUGCACUGUAUCUGCCAAGAACACAUAAAAUGAUCUCUAAAUUAGUAGCAAAGUGUUGAUAUUUUUAGGAGUGCUGAUUUCCUCUAAGAAAGGGGCAGGGUGUUCUGCUCCCAUAUAUUCUGUCCUAACAAGCUUUCUUUUUAUGAGUGAUUACUUAUUCUGCAUUUCCACCCCAGUUUAGCAGAAUAUAUUUAUAUAUAAUUUUCAUUUUGUACAUAAUAAACUAUUUUUCAGUAAUGAAAAUGAUGAAUGCAUUUAACUACCUAGCUGUGUGAAUUUACUGUAAAAUGUAUAUGCUACCUCAUAUUUCCAUCACUUCCUAGCAGGUUUAACUUGCCAAAAAAAAUAUUUAUGUUGUUUGAAAAUAAAUUUCUUUUUCGAUUUUCUUAAGAAACCUACCACUGGCUAGUUGCAGCUUUCUGACUUUUAUUAAUGUGGC